GUGAUCGUUUCAAUUAUUGGUCUUCGAUUGAUGUGCCUGAUUGUCGAUAGUUUUUCAGAUUGCAUAUCUUGGCGUCGUUGCUUAACAUCGGUAGGAUAGGGACGUCGUAGGGCGAAGCUAUCUGAUGCGGCUCGCUCUUCGUUGACAUAACUACUGUAGACUUGUUUUGCUUUCUUUCCGUAAGCGAUUUUAUGCUCGUGUGUGUAUCAGUGGUAGAGUUAGAAAUAGAGACUCGUCUCACAUCGAGCACCAAAUAGGUUCAUAGCAGACCUGGGUCUAACCUAAUGCAUUGGUUUGGCUUCUCUUCUAGUUAAGUCAGACUAUGGACCCUCACUACGACCGGACUGCAGCAGUGCAGAUUUUUCAUCUACACGCUUAUAUAGAUACUUCGAAGGAAAAAACUAGCAUGCCUUCCUACAGCAUGCCUUACCCUGAUUUGAUAUGUAACUGUCGUUCCAUCGUGAAGCCGUUGUGCAUAGCGUCCUGGCCUGAUCGUGACCCUUGAGUCUGAGUCUGAAUCUUACCUACGUUCAUCCUUAUGGUUAUGCCGUAUCUUGACCAGCAUCUUAGGUUCCCUCGUCCUUGUGAAACAGAAUACAGACGGCUUGAACUUCAACAACUACCGCCGAGUGAUGAAAUUCCCCGCUGAAUAUGAAUUGUCCUCGUGUUGUGUUUGUGAUUCAACAAGAGACUAAGACCCCCUGCACGCGAAACACCUCGAUCAUCUUUU